CCUGUCCAUCCGCUCCUUCCCUUCAGUAUAGUUGGAAUGUGAGCCUGCUUCCUUAAACCUCGGAGAAUUAAUCACUGAUUCCCCUUUUUCCUUCCUCCUUUCUAAGCCCAUCUACGGUGCAAAGAGGUAGCACUCCGUUUUUCCAUUCCCUACGAGACGUUCCUUGCCGUUUAGCUGCCAGGCAAUGAGGCUAGGAUCUCCAAAUCGGGCUUCUUGCAUAUAUCGACCUCACCGGCGGAGCUCAAGGACCAUAAACUUACCGUUAUUGAUUUCCAUCGCAUUCUAUUACGUCCACAACAGCGGAUUCCUGAUCUCGAUCUUAGAUAUGCAGCACCGGCACUCGUAUCUAAAAGAUUACCGACAUGUUCUCUUGUUGAAGCUGUAGCCUAAGAGGCGAGUGUGCCGUCUCACUAUAGGUGGGUUAUAUGGUGAUUAGAGCUUGCGAGGCGGCUGAUAUGCAAGCCUAUUGUCUUCGUGUAGAAAAAAACAUGAUUAUCACUGCAGAUUUGGAUCCCGGCCCAAUGGAUGCUUUCUCUUAGAGUGGAUGGAGUUUCCAAGACAGUACCCACAGAAUGGAAGCGAAGGGUCUGGAACGGAAGUGGUGGGAUGCGACCAG